CUCAAUUCCACACAGACGAACCUACACUGGUUCAGAAAGACGGUCUCUGCUGCACCACACACACACACACAGACACACUGCCGGCUGUGAAUUCUCCAUCUUAUUCCAAAUAUCUGCAGGCCAUUUUGCCGGAGAGCCAGCCAAAUCCGCCUCAAGGAGCAGGAGAAUGAAGAACAACAUGUGACUGAUCCGUGCGCUACUGUCGACAGCAUGCUUCGCCUCUUCCGGACCUUGGCUUUCUGCUUCUGGUGCUUUUUGCUACUUCACAGGCAGGCUGUGGCUGACGAAGAGGCCCUCUGGGGACCAACACCACCAAAAGAAAACCCACCUGAAAAUAAAAAAUCCUCCAACUGGUGGUCAAAGUUCCCUUCCCUGCCAAAGCUCCCUUCCCUGCCAAACCUCCCUUCCCUUCCCUCACUAUCCAUCCCUAUCCCCUUUUAUAGGAGCUCGGACAAUAACAACAAGGAUGCUGCGUUGACCACAACCGCCAAACGUCUGACAGAACCAAUCGAUCGCUUGCAAGACAACUCGGGUUCAGGGGAAGGCAGCAUUUUUGAAGCCUCUGAACCACCCAUCACUUCGACUCAAGGGUUCCUAACCAGCGUGAUAAGAACAGAAUCACUUCCCACAGGGACAUCAGAUUCUCCACACAGCAGCAUAGCGCAAAGCCACAAUGACGCUCUUGUUUCAGACUCCUACUCUCACACAAGCAGUUCUAUCAGAAACACUCUGUUCACCAACAGUCCCACCAUCACAAGCACUCCUGAACAAAAUGCAACACAUACCCACCCACCGAGGGGCACCACACGAGCAGCUGGAAACAGGAUGGGUGCCACUACACAACACCUCCCAGAGGAACACACUGAUAAAAAGGAGGCUGAAGAAAAGAUCUCUUUGACGAUAGCACCAGAAACUACAGUUCCCACUGCCUUGACAUGGGCAGCAGCCCAAACUACAACAACAACCCCAGGUCUGGUGGAGACCGCACUGCCCAGCAGACACCCUCUGGGGCAUGUUACUCCCACUACGUCCUCAGAAACCAUGUUUGUCAGAAAAUCACAACACUCGACUGUUGGUGUUUCCCUCCACGCUGGAGAGGCCACAAUGCCAGAAACUCUCCCCACUCACAGUGAGGAUGACCUGGGCUUCUCUGAGGCCAGAUCGGGGCCCACGCAAGAACAGCCGGGGGUAAUCACCACUGCCAUGUGGAUCGAUCACAAACUAGUGCCGGAAUCCAUAACAAGCACAACUCCGAGCCAAAGGGUUAACUUCUCAAUAACAGGAGCGCUGCCAGGCAAAAAGGAUAAGGAGGAUAAGGAAGGUGUGGUUCCUUCAGCCGACGGGGAUGGUGACACCAGGUUGGCAGACGUCUCCACGCCAUCCGCUAAUCUGCUAACAACGUUCCAUCCAAAGAGCACAGAAACUCCUACUAUUCCUCUGUACACGGAAGACUGGUUGGACAACCUGGAGGACAGCGACGGCACCUUACUUCCAGACUGCAAUAAAGAGCGUUCCGGGAUCUGCAACCUCUCCGACACCUGGGACUACACAACCUCCUCGAACGUCAAGCCAACACAAAACACCCCUGCCACGAACCAAUCUGUGAAUCCCUACCUGAUCCCAGAUCCACCCAUGUUGUUGCCGCUGUACACCGACUGGAACAGUGCCAUGGCAGCUUGGGGCCUGGCCUGGGAGGUGCAUGUUUACGGUGCUGGUUGCGUCUUCGUGAUGCUCACGCUAGCCUCUGCGCUCAAUCUGCUCUGCUUGCCUCUACGAUGUCCUUCCGGAUGUGGCUACUUUGCCCUAGUCAGCCUGUUUCUAUUAGCUGCUGGUUGCACCAGAUCUUUCUCGCUCCUGUAUGAUGCCUAUGGCCACCAGGACCGCUUACCCUCCACAGAAGCCUCACUGAUACUCUACGAAGCACCGUUUCCCUGCUUGACUGCAGCUUUUGGUCUGGUUUUCCUUCUUCUCUCCAUGCGUUCAAGAAUGCAGCUCUCCUACUCAGCUUUUCAGAGACCCUGUUUCCUGGCCUGCCUGGUUGUCCUGCACUUUGGUGCUGCAUUUGGACCGGUGUCAUUACUGAAGUUCUACCAGCAAAAGCCUCCCCUUUGCCUCUUUCUUGCACUCAUCUCCCGUGGAGCCUUUGUAGCACUGGCCACAUUUCUGUCAGUUGCCUAUUUUGUUUUCUACAUCUACGUGCGGGCAGAUUCAAAGCACAUCUACCACCUGAAUAACACGUCUCCAACACCUGCUGAGCGCUACAACCGCUGCCCCUUUGCUGAGAGCCGGGACUGGAAUCGUGCAGCUGUAACAGUCUGUAUUUCAGCAUUGUUUUGUUUAGCAUGUGCAGGACUGCAGUUUUAUGCAAUGCUCAAUGCUAUGGGUAUUGCAGGUGGAAAGGAGGUCUUCCAUCCUUGGCCCUGGUGGGUUUUUCAGUUUAGCUGCAGAUUGUGUGAGCUCGGGGUUUGUCUCACCUUGGCCUUGGUUGUCGCACAACCAGUCUACUGUUCUGACCAUCUCCCUGCUGCAGGGAGCUGCUGGACUGAACUGUUGGCGUCCAAGUCGCCCAUCCUGCCUGGGAGCUAUCAGUGGACCCUGAGCCAGCAUGAGAAGCUUGCAAUCGUUGAUACCUUUGGGCUUGGAGAGACAGAGAGCCUUCCUCUUUACACACUGGUGGAUGAGAGGCUUGGUAGCAGUCUGAACGGCCUGGACCUCCUCUACCACAGCAACCGGGCUUUGGCAUACAGAGACCUGGACUUGGACUUACAGGGUUCAGGAAAACCUGAAAAUGGAGGAGGCAGAGAGCCCUCAGGUGGAUCCUCGUUUACCAGUGACUCCACCACAGACCUGCGACCACCUUCGCCUAUCAACCUGCGUCGCAGCAUAGACGAGGCACUCUUCAGCGAAGCCCUCUUUCCCAUGAGCCUCUUUAGCCCUGCUAGGCCUAUUCGCAGCAGUGAUCUAUCCAUAAACAACCACUGUGCACUUCUAAGCAACAGCCUCUGUGAUCCUCUCUCAGCGGACACUGGCCUUUAUCGGACUUCUUCCUGCGUGGAGAUGACCUCUCAACCCCAGCCCUCCUGCGCCCAAUCUCAAGGAGACACUAUUGUAGGUGCUCCACCUUCUCCCUCCCUGUCCUCAUCAUCCAGCUGUUCAUCGCCUGAACAGUGGAGGGGCAGCUCUUCCUCUUAUUCCUUCUACAGAGAAUCUUUCGGAGGAUCCUCGCUAGUCCUCUGCCCGAGCCCAGAGAGACGUGCUCAGCAGCUUCUCGAGCAAGGGGGUAUGGGCCAUGUGGCAUCCUCUGGCCACCAUAGCCAUGCUGACCCAUUGAGGCACUAUCAUACACUUGGCGCAGCCUCACAGGAGAGCCUGGACCUGGACAUAUCGUCUGAGGCAGACCGAUCCGUGCAAGAGGAGUUCAUCAGUGUUUGCAGACAAAUCGAUGCUUACAGCAUCUGCAGUGAGACUAUCGAUUUAUAAAAGGACAGUGUGGUCUAACAAGGUUUACACAGAAGACUUAUUAAGGAUGUCAGAAAAGUGACUGUCAAGGUUUUUACACCCAUUUGGUAGUGCAUGGUAGCUUUUGCAUUCACCAUAAAAGACCAUUAGCUGCCGAAAUAAAGUUUUUGGAGCUUUGAUGAGCUUUCCUAUGUGGUCAUUAGUGAAUGUCUGAGUGUCUAAGUGCCAAGAAUGUCGGAAUACAAAAGGUAAUUUGUAACUUUUACAUGUUUGAUAAAGGCUGGUUAAGUUUGAUAGUUAAAUGUUACUAUUGAUUUUGACUGAGUGGAGAUAACAAGAAUUUAUUUGUACAAAUGUUUUGUAUUGCAUUCCAACAUUCCAAUAGAUAGUACUGUGACUAAAACUAAGCACUUAUUAAAUACUACUGAAGUCAUAUGCUCUCAAAUGCUAAAUACAAUUUUUAUUAAAUCGCGUGUUGAAAAAUGGGAUUAAAAUUAAGUUUGUCAAACUGUAAACUCUUCAUGCCAAUAUAUGCCACACAUCUUACUUGCAGUUCUGAUGCAGCAGUGCCCUCUACUGGUAGAAACGCACACUACUUUACCAUAUCCUCCUACAUGUAUCACUAAAGGACUGUGCUUCUACAUACACUGACAGCAUCUUCUAUGACCGGCUUACUAAUUUAUUUAUGUUCAAACAUAACUUUGCUCCGCACAUUGUUUAAUAAAGUUUGUUUUAGAACA